AUGUCAGCGUCAAGACAAGGGAUUCCACAAGUACGAAAUCCGACGUAUGCACAGCAAACUACUCCCGAGCAAAGGUACUGGCGGAGCUACACGAGCCCGCAACUAAUCAAAGAGAAUCACGCUAUAAACCAUAUAGAAUUCAACCCUGUGGCACCCCACGACUUCUCCGUCACUUCUUCAACCAGAAUUCAAAUCAUCUCAUCCAAGACGCGCCAGAUCAUCAAGACUUUUUCUCGAUUCAAAGAUGUGGUGCUAUCUUCGAACUUCCGCUUCGAUGGGAAAUUGAUUGUAGCAUCCGAUGCCUCGGGGCUAGUUUCGCUAUACGACAGCUAUCAACCGCGCAACUUGCUCGUGAGCUUGAAUCCAUCAUCGCACGCGACUCACGUUGCCAAGUUCCACCCCACGAUCGCUAGCCAAUUAGUCACUGGUUCGGAUGACCGUGUGUUGCGCGUAUGGGACAUCUCGCAGACGAGCUCGGGCCCCUUGAUGGCGUUUGAUGAAGCGAUGCAUGGGGACUACAUCAGGAGCGCUGCUUUUGUACGAGAUAAUGCCAAUUUGAUAAUCACGGGAUGUUACGAUGGCAUAGUGCGUGUUUUCGACACGAGAGACCCUAGGAGUGGCAGUGUGGCGAAGUUUGAGCAAGAUGAACCAGUUGAGGAUGUCAUUUCGACUAGUUCGUCCACGGUGGUGAGUGCCGGGGGCCCCCAUGUCAAAAUCUGGGAUUUGACUCGAGGAGCCCAGGUUCACCAGUUGGACAAUUUCACAAAGACCACGACGUGCUUGUACGAUACGAGGGAAAAGGGCUUGCUUGUUGGUUCAUUGGAUGGACUCGUUAAGAUAUUCGAUUACAAUACGACGAAUUGGGACGUGAAGUUUGGUUGGAAGUUUGGCAGUGGCGGGGUCUUGACUUGUGCUGUCAGUCCCGGUGACUACAAGCAUUUCGCCGCUGGGUUGACCUCGGGGUUGAUUUCUAUCCGCACCAGGAAAACGGAACCCAAGGUGAAACAGGGCAUUAAACAGGAGACUACAAGUGCAUACGCGCGGAUGAUGAAGGGGAGAGACUAUAUGGGGGAAGAAGAGUAUGAAAUUGUCAACAACACCAGCACUCCCGUACAGCAACAGCUGCAGCAGCAAAAGGGCAAAUUGAAACAAUUUGAAAAGUAUCUUAAUGCAUUUAAAUGGUGGGAGGCGUUGGAUAGUGCUUUUGCGCCCGGUUUACCCAAGGAACAAACCAUCACCAUAUUGAACGAGUUGAAGAAGAGAGGUAAGAUGAGAAUUGCGCUUUUUGAACGAGAUGAGAUCUCGUUGGUUCCCAUGUUACAGUGGUUCAUCAAGAACAUCGAAGACGUGAGAUCUUUCAAUUUGAUUUGUGAUUACAUUGGGGUGAUUUUGGAAAUGUAUGGUAACAUGAUUGACAAGAGCGUGGUUCUUGAAGAGAAUUUCAAUAUUUUAUUGAGGAAAAUCGACAGUGAAAUCAAGAAAUGUGAAAAGGCCAGUGCAAUCAACGGCAUGUUGGAAUUGUUGACUGUAUAA